CUGUCCUCACUCCCCCAACCUUAUCCUCUCCUCCCCCCCCUCCCCACCAUGUUCACCACCUCCACCACCACCUCGCCCGAGGCCUUCACAUCCGACGAGACGUCGCUGCUCUUCCUGAUGGCGCCUCCGUGUGGCGCUGAAGGAGGCUUCGGGGCCACCACGAGGCCACGACGACCUCCACCUCCACGCCCUUCGCUGAGGCCGGGGGGGGCGUGGGCGCGUGUGCGGGGGACGUGAACUGCACGCACAUCAUCACGGCGCAGCCGGGGGCGAACAUCGUGUCUCCGAUUCUUCUCAGUCUCACGGGCGUGGCGGGACAAGUUUGGGCCUUAUGCUACCUGUACGGAAGCACGAGACGGCAGAAUGCACGUACGGUCUUCUAUGUCCUCCUCUGCACGUUAGUCUGGCUCCAUCUAUUGGGGAAAAUCCUCACCACUCCCCCAGCUAUUAUCUCCUAUGCCUAUGGAACUUGGGUGGGCGGGAAACACAUGUGCGACUUCCACGGGUUUAGUAUGGUAUUGGUUUGCACUCUGACGCAUUUCACUCUGGCUGCUAUGGCCGUCGAACGCUUCCUGGGCAUCUGUCACGGUUAUUUCUACAGCAGGAACGUUACUCCACACAGAUGUAGAGUUCUCCUCCUCUCCAUCUUCGUGUUCUGCAUCAUGUUCUCCCUGCUGCCGCUGUUCAACAUCGGGGAGCUGUUCCUGCAGCACCCCGGGACCUGGUGCUUCCCCAACCUCCACCUGUGCUCCACCACCCCCCUCAGGCACCGCAUAUUCACCACGACGAUGGGGGUCAUCAACAUCUCCAACCUCGUGGUCAUCGUCGUGUGCAAUGUGCUCGUUGUGGGAAACCUCCUGAAGAUGCGGGUGAGUCGCCACCUUCCUUCGGACCACCACAGGAACAACUUCAGGUUCAGGGGCGGCUGGGACCACGAACUCCAGAUGGUGCUUGUGCUUGUGGCCAUCACCUGCGUGGCGAUCGUGUCCUGGGGUGCGCUUGAUUACAUCCUAAUAAGCAACCAGUUCUGGAAGCCGCACCUGAAGGCCGAGGACCACAUGAAGGAGCUGCGCGCCGUGCGACUGGCCUCCGUCAACCAGAUCGCUGACCCGUGGAUCUACAUCAUCGUGCGAGUGAGAGCCCGCCCCGCCAGGACGCCGCCCCCGCCGCCCCCCACCCCCCAAGACCAUCUCCGCCCACAAGUCCUCCUACUACAGCGACUCCGGCACCGGCUCCUACUCGGGCGUGGACGUGCCGCUGGUCGCGGGCGUAGAGGUGCCCCUGGUGGACGGCGUGGAGGCGCAGGCGCUGUCGCAGGACGCCCUCCUGCGGCCGGGCUCCAAGGGCGGCUCCCUCCACCAGACGCUGAGCAAGAGCCUGUCCGUCGUGAUCCCGAUCCCGCUCUUCACCUCCGAGCAGUACCGCGUGGCCGCGUGUGGGCGUGGCGAGUGCGGGGGCGGCCACUACUGCCUGGUGGGCGGCGAGCACCACCUCGACUGCUUCUCCCGCCCCGUGCAGAGAGUCAGCUCCUCCGCCUCCGCCUGCGAGCGCAGCAGGUCGCCCUUCAUCACCGUCAGCGACUGUGAGGACACGGGCGUCUUCCGCAGCAAGUCCUGGAGCUGCCACACCCACCAGGAGCCGCAGCCGCAGUACCGCACCCAGAGCACCCAGACCCUCACCUGCGGCGACCCGAGCGCCGACGAAGCCCCAGCUGCC